GGAGGGGCUGGAGAAGUAGCUGUACAAGGGGGCGGAGGAGAAAAAGAGUGCGCGUAUAAAAAACCGGACGGAGCCUGGGACUCACAUUUUGCACUAGCCGGGGUUUAAUGACGGACGUAAGUGUCGGAUCUCAGCACUAAGUAUCUAGAGGAAGAGGUGGGAGUAGAUUCCUGUAUAUCUUUGGCUUGGAAGGACUUUUGAGAUCACUCUGUUUUGCAGUAAAUCUUUUAUUAUAAGCUUGAGAUGUUUUGAAGCUUCUUUUGUCCUUGGCUUGUCUGAAGAGUUUUCCAGUUCAUCACAGUCUACAUGAUGAAAAUGCACCUAGUAUUGUCCCUCUUGGGGCUUCUCUCAUUAAGUUGUGCACACACAGACUUCUACACCUCAAUUGGUCACAUGACAGAUUUGUUAAACACAGAGAGAGACUUGGUUACAUCACUCAAAGAUUAUAUAAAGGCAGAGGAGCUGAAACUGGCAGAGAUCAAAAAAUGGGCAGAAAAAUUAGAUCAUCUGACAGUCACUGCGACAAAGGACCCUGAGGGAUUCUUGGGACAUCCAGUCAAUGCUUUCAAGCUGAUGAAGAGGCUCAAUAAAGAAUGGGUUCAGUUAGAGAAUCUAGUGCUUAAAGAUAUAUCUGAUGGCUUUAUCUCUAACCUUACCAUUCAGCGCCAGUAUUUCCCAAAUGAUGAGGACCAGACUGGCGCUGCCAAGGCUCUAAUUCGUCUGCAGGACACUUAUAGACUUGAGACAGACACCAUCUCCAAGGGGAACCUUCCAGGUGUAAAACACAAAUCCUCCUUAACAGCUGAAGACUGUUUUGAUUUGGGUAAAACUGCUUACACAGAUGCUGACUACUACCAUACUGAGCCAUGGAUGGAGCAGGCUUUGCGGCAGUUGGAUGAAGGAGAAGAGUCUUCUGUUGACAAAGUCACAGUUCUAGAUUAUCUUAGUUAUGCUGUGUACCAGCAAGGGGACUUGGACAAAGCACUAAUGCUAACCAACAGAUUACUAGAGCUGGAUCCUGAGCAUCAAAGAGGCAAUGGGAAUCUAAGAUACUUUAAAUAUAUCAUGUCAAAAGAGAGUAACAAAUCUAGCUCUAGCCUUUCUGAGGGUGAAGAAGUCAGGACAAGGAAAGGUCGGCCCAAAGAUCACCUUCCUGAGCGACAGAAAUAUGAGAUGCUGUGUCGUGGAGAGGGUGUCAAAAUGACUCCACGCAGACAAAAGAGACUUUUCUGCCGCUAUCAUGAUGGUAACCGAAAUCCAUCAUUCAUCCUGUCUCCCACAAAGCAAGAAGACGAAUGGGACAAACCACGUAUUGUGCGUUAUCAUGAUAUUAUCUCUGAUGAGGAGAUUUCUAAGGUUAAGGCACUGGCAAAGCCAAGGCUGAGGCGAGCCACCAUUUCAAACCCUAUCACAGGAGUCCUGGAGACAGCUCACUACAGAAUUAGCAAAAGUGCCUGGCUGUCUGCUUAUGAGGAUCCAGUCGUUGCACGUCUCAAUAACAGAAUACAAGGAUUAACAGGACUGGAUGUGUCCACUGCAGAAGAACUGCAGGUGGCCAAUUAUGGAGUUGGAGGCCAGUAUGAGCCCCACUUUGAUUUUGGAAGGAAAGAUGAGCCAGAUGCCUUUAAAGAACUUGGAACAGGCAACAGAGUUGCUACAUGGCUAUUUUAUAUGAGUGAUGUGGAAGCAGGAGGCGCUACAGUAUUUCCAGAAGUAGGCGCAGCUGUAUAUCCUAAAAAGGGGACAGCGGUCUUCUGGUACAAUCUUUUUGAAAAUGGUGAAGGUGAUUACAGCACAAGGCACGCAGCCUGUCCUGUAUUAGUUGGAAACAAGUGGGUGUCCAAUAAAUGGAUACAUGAGCGGGGUCAGGAGUUCCGAAGACCGUGUAAUUUAUCAGAGUUGGAUUAAUAGUUUUUUUUUGUUUUCUGGGAGAAACAAUUUUGCAUCCACAAACUUCCAAACAUUUGUGCAAUUUGCAACCAACCAACCCCAGUCUACUCAUCCAAAAAACUCUAUGGAGGUGGAAGAAGGAAAUUAAUGCUGAAUAAAGAGUCUAAAAUUUCUAUUUUUGUCCGAAAAAAGAGGGGUCAGAUAUGACUGGAUACAAAAUGCCUAGCUGUGAUCUGUAUUUCUAGUUAUGGAAACCUGCUUCUUCUUCAAUAGACUAUUGCCAAAGGCUGCCAGAUAACCAAGCUUAAAAGAACAUCGCAACAAGAUCUGUAUUUCUAGUGAUGGAAACCUGCUUCUUCUUCAAUAGACUAUUGCCAAAGGCUGCCAGAUAACCAAGCUUAAAAGAACAUCGCAACAAGGACAAGAAUCAGCCAGAAAUUAAUGGAACAAAAAGGAAUUAUUGCUUCAGGUCUUACAUGAUCAAAAUUGUUAUUCUACAUUUACAAAUGUUAUUCUACAUUUACAAAAUAUAUGGUUUGUUUUAUUAUGGUUAAGUGACAUCACACUAAACAAGUAUUCUCUUGGUGAGCAAAGCAAGAAUGCUCUUUGGUCUAAAAUAAAUGCCAAGCAAGUUUCUACCAUGUUUUGUGAGAAAGCAGAGGAACAGUAUUAAUCUUAGGAUGUAUACAGUAUACAGAGAAAUAAUGUCACCUGCAAUAAAAGCUAUGCCCACAUUGUAGUUAAAAUAUACAAAAAUCUGGGCAAUCCCUGUUUGUAUUAAGGUGGCCAUAGAUGUUACAAUUACAAUCAUUCCUGGAAAAGAUCUUUCCAGGAAAGAUUGUUUGUUUAAGUGCACACUUGUAGAGCUGAAUCAUCAGAUAUACAGUUAAACAAUAGAAUUCUACCUGUAUCUGAUGAUUCAGCAUUAACAAUGGCCGAUGUUCAGGUGCCCGAUCAACGAGUCAACCAAUAUCCAAACCUUCUGCCGAAAUCUGUCUGCUCAUCUCCCACCAUACUUGCACCGAAUAUUGUACGAAAAUUAGUUUCAUACAAUAUUAACGGUGCGUCUAAGGCCAACUUUACUCGCCUCUCUUUUGAAAGACCUUUUCUAAACCAGGCUUUACAAUUUGAGCCUUUAAGCAAUUUGCUGUGAGAAUUGAACACAGACGGUAUGCUAAGCUUUUGCAUGUCUGAUUUCUCUAAACCCCCUGUAACUUUUUUUUCUGUAGAACUUUAUUGCUUUUACACUGUUUUGCUUUAACCCCAUGAGUAUGGCUCUGCUAUCUAAUGGUGCUGAUUUCCAGCAUUUAAAAGAAAUGGAAAAGGACCGGGCAAGUUGCUGCCAAAAACACUUCUGCUCGUUAAAGUGCUCUUAAGUUUGUGUUCGCCUAAAUAAUGUGAAAUCUUUAAAACUCACCCUCGCAAGUGCCAGUCUCCUAUUGGAAGGCAUUCCCUUUCUGUACAUUAGAUUUAAAAGAGCCAGUAACCUGUAAUGUGUUUCUUGGCCAGCAGGAGGCGUUGUGCAAUACUUCUGGUACAAGAUAUUCAGGAAAAAUGAGUCAAUGCCAAACAAACGUCAAUCUACUUUUCAUUUAUUUUAACUACUUUUUUCUACUUAGUGAUAAAUUGCCUUUGCUGUUUUGAUAUCCGAUAAUGCAAUGGUGCAGUUUAUUUGCUCUUUUGCUUGUUACAGUUUAGUGCCUUAGCUUUCUGGACCCAACAUUUUCCUUUUCUUGCACCUUUCAAUGGAUCCUUUAUUAUUCUGACCUGCAUAUGUUCAAGCUACUCAACUUACCUUUGAUUGGAUACAGCCAUUUCUUUUUAUAUAAUUCCCUCAAAGAACAGAUCAUAUUUGUAUUUCAAAGCAUUUUGUGACAGUGAAAUCUGACCUAUUUAUAAUCCAAUUUAAAUGUUUUUUUGUAUUUGGGGGGGAAAUAAAAUGUGCUGCAUUAUAACAAAGUGAGAUUAUGUCCCUGUUAUGAUCACAAUAACAUUUCCUAAUACCAUGUGCUGCACCCUUCCCCCUAAUUAUAUUUCUAUUAAAAUUAUGAAACCAA